CUUGACGCCAUUGCCCCACACCACACCAAGCUCCUCCUCCUUCUCCUUCACCUUCUCCCGCUCUAUAUAUACCCUGCCAUGGCUUCCUCCAUUGCUAUCCACCACUAAUCCCUCCCAAUUCUCCUCUCCUCGCCUCUCCAAACUCGCAUCGAUCUUUAAUUUCUGUUCUCACCUGUACAUACAUACAUACGCACGCACGUACAUACACUCAAUCAGAGAGAGAUUGUUGGUAGCUAGGUAGCUGUGGCCAAGAAAGUGAGAGAAUUGGGAGGAGGAUUGGAGGAAGACGAAGGGGUUGAUGGGGAUGAGGCCUGGAUGGGUAGGGGGGCUCGUGGAGGAGAGCUUCUUCGUUGGGUGUCCCGCCCACGAGAGCCGCAAGAAGAACGAGAAGAACAUCUUCUGCCUCGGCUGCUGCGCCAGCAUCUGCCCCCACUGCGCCCCCUCCCACCGCCACCACCCUCUCCUCCAGGUUAGGAGGUAUGUGUACAACGACGUUGUUCGCCUGGAUGAUCUCGACAAGCUCAUCGACUGCUCCUUUGUUCAGCCAUACACGAUCAACAGCGCAAAGGUGAUAUUUCUGAAGCCAAGGCCUCAGUCGAGGCCGUUCAAGGGCUCUGGCAACAUCUGCUUGACAUGUGACAGGAUCCUGCAGGAGCCCUUCCAUUUCUGCUGCCUCUCUUGCAAGGUGGAUCACGUGAUGAUGCAGGGCGGCGACCUCUCCAACAUCCUCUACAUGUCCGGCGGCUCCUCCGGCGAGCCCGACCUCGCCGCCGGCUUCCCGCGCUUCGAGAACCUCCGCGUCGACGGCGGCGGCGGCGGCGGCGGCGGCCUCUCCGACGACGACGACGACCACCAGGUGACCACACCCAACUCCAUCCUCGAAGACCCCCUCCACCACCACCACCACCAGUACUACGGCGGCGGCGGCUCCAGCAACAACGGCCGGAGCACGUCGCCGGCGCCAACGACGGCCGAUGUCCCGAGGAAGAAGAAGAGCGGCGGCGGCGGCGGGUUCUUCCCCCAGAUCGUGCUGUCACUGAACAACAGGAGGAAGGGCGCCCCACACAGGUCGCCUCUCGCGUGAUCAUCAUCAGAUCGUCACGUACGCGUAAACCGUGUUUCGAUCGCUAGUACAGAUAAUCAUGAACACCUCCCCCUACUAUUAUAUAAUUAGUUGCUCUCAUUACCUAUCUUAAUUGUAAUCCCCUUAUGAUUAUUAGUAGCAUUGUAGAGAGAGAAAGAGAGUGUGUGUGUGGUUGUGGUGAUGGAUGAUGGUGUGGCCUUUGGCUGGCUAGGGUCACCAUCUUUAGGGCAAGCAGUGUUUUGACGAGAUUUGAGAGAGGAGAGAACCAGCUAAGCUUGCAAACUCCUCCCUGUUACAAGACUAGGUAGGCACGGACUUUGUGGGGGCCCCUGUGCAGGGACCCCAAAAGAUUGGCUACCAAUUUUGUACUUGCUGUAAUGGGGGUUAAUUAGGUUUGCUCGCUA